AAUUGUAAUUCUCUUGGUUCGCUGUUCACUUCUCCACUUCUCCUUCUCCCUUCCACUUCUUUGCUCUUUCCACCAUUACAGUCUCUUUCUUUCUCCCGCGUUUCAGAGCUAGGGUUCGGUCUUAUGUUUCACUGACCUUCAAUUUCGGUUCCCUGUGGAAGGAUUUUAUUCUUCUACUUCUUCAUGGCUACUUCAUUGCCUAUACCCGAACUUGUCUUCGUCUCACCGAAGCGUCUUCUAUCUUCUUCCAGUCCCAGAUGUUCGCUCUAUAGGAUUCCUCUCUCUAGAACUCGCAGGUUUAGUGUUCUUCUUCGCACGAAGCUCCAGGCUGUCAGAGAAGACGGUGUGGUUGCUGAAGAGAGAGAAAAUGAGCUGAUCAAGGAAGUUAAUGGAUAUGGACUUGGAAGUAAUGGAGCUGCUUACAAUGCGAAUGGUGAUUACAGGUAUAAUGGUUGGGUUAAUGGCGGAGUUACGGCUGUGGAGAGUGAGAGUGGUGGAACCAAUGGGACCUUGGUGAAGUAUGUUAAUGGGAAUGGUAUUGCUGCGGCGGUGGUGGGAGAAAUUCAAGCUUCGGAGUCUGUGGAGGAGGGGAGGAAGAAGAGGAUAGAGGAGAUUGGUAAAGAAGAGGCCUGGUUUAAGCGGAGUGACCAGCAACAAAUCGAGGUUUCUGUGGCGCCUGGGGGACGCUGGAAUAGAUUUAAAACAUAUUCGACAAUUCAGAGAACCUUGGAGAUAUGGGGAUUUGUUUUUAAUUUUAUCAUCAAGGCUUGGCUUAACAAUCAGAAAUUUACUUAUCGAGGAGGAAUGACAGAGGAGAAGAAGGUCGCCAGAAGAAAGAUCCUAGCUAAGUGGUUGAAAGAAAACAUUUUAAGAUUAGGUCCAACUUUUAUUAAAAUUGGUCAGCAAUUUUCCACAAGAGUGGAUAUUCUUCCACAAGAGUAUGUUGACCAAUUGUCAGAGCUUCAGGAUCAAGUUCCUCCUUUCCCUUCUGAGACAGCAAUAUCAAUAGUUGAAGAAGAGCUUGGAGGUCCUGUGGCCAGUAUAUUUGAACGGUUUGAUCAGGAACCGAUAGCUGCUGCUAGUCUUGGUCAGGUUCAUCGUGCAAGAUUGAAGGGGCAGGAAGUUGUGGUGAAAGUACAAAGGCCAAGUCUAAAGGAGCUCUUUGAUAUUGAUCUUAAGAACCUAAGGGUCAUAGCAGAAUACCUUCAAAAACUUGACCCAAAGUCAGAUGGUGCAAAGAGAGAUUGGGUUGCUAUAUAUGAUGAGUGUGCAAAUGUCCUGUAUCAGGAGAUAGAUUACACCAAGGAAGCAGCUAAUGCUGAGCAGUUUGCAAGCAACUUUAAAAACUUGGACUACGUGAAAGUCCCAUCAAUAUUCUGGGACUAUACUACCCCACAGGUUCUGACUAUGGAGUAUGUUCCUGGAAUUAAAAUAAAUAAGAUUAAAGCUCUGGAUCAACUAGGCAUUGAUCGAAAACGGUUAGGACGUUAUGCUGUUGAAUCUUACCUGGAGCAAAUUCUGUCACAUGGAUUCUUCCAUGCAGAUCCUCAUCCUGGGAAUAUUGCUGUCGAUGAUGUCAAUGGAGGAAGGUUGAUCUUUUAUGAUUUUGGAAUGAUGGGAAGUAUCAGUUCAAAUAUCAGAGAGGGUUUGCUGGAAACGUUCUAUGGAGUGUACGAGAAAGAUCCAGACAAGGUUCUUCAAGCAAUGAUUCAAAUGGGGGUUCUUGUGCCUACUGGAGAUAUGACGGCUGUUAGACGAACAGCUCAAUUCUUCCUCAACAGUUUUGAAGAACGUUUGGCUGCACAGAGAAGGGAGAGAGAGAUGGCAACUGCCGAACUUGGUUUUAAGAAACCAUUGACAAAGGAGGAAAAGUUAAUGAAAAAAAAGGAACGCCUAGCUGCAAUUGGGGAAGAUCUAUUAGCCAUUGCAGCAGAUCAACCAUUUCGGUUUCCUGCCACAUUCACAUUUGUUGUUAGAGCAUUUUCAGUAUUAGAUGGCAUUGGGAAAGGCCUUGACCCACGAUUUGAUAUUACUGAAAUUGCCAAGCCAUAUGCUCUGGAAUUACUGAAGUUUCGGGAAGCUGGAGUUGAGGUUGCCUUGAAGGAUUUCAGAAAGAGAUGGGACAGGCAAUCUCGUGCAUUCUAUAACUUAUUUAGACAGGCCGAAAGAGUGGAAAAACUUGCUGAAAUUAUCCAAAGAUUGGAGCAAGGUGAUCUCAAGCUUAGAGUUCGGGCUUUGGAGUCUGAAAGAGCAUUCCAACGUGUUGCAACAGUUCAGAAGACGCUAGGAAAUGCAAUAGCUGCUGGAAGCCUAAUCAACGUUGCAACAAUAUUAUAUAUCAACUCCAUUCGGAUGCCUGCCACUAUUGCCUAUAUCUUUUGUGCCUUUUUUGGGUUUCAAGUGCUCUUCGGUCUUAUCAAAGUCAGAAGAUUAGAUGAACGGGAGAGGUUGAUAACAGGAACCGCUUGAAAAAUAGGUUUCAGAGUUGUGAUUUACAGCAAAUGAAUCUACUUACAAUCCAUCAUCAAAUAGUAGAUAGAAAGCACUAGUCUGUAGCCUGAGGUAUACAUCAUCUAAAGAUUACAUUAAGAUGAUAUGGGUAGAAAACGUGAGCACUUCUUCCAAGCUUGCUGAAGAUACGAAUUAAUUUUCAGCAUAUGGUUGGUUAACCAGCUCUGUUUUCCGAGUAUUUUGACUCCCCAGGUGUGUCGUCAAAGUCGCAGCAGUUAUUUUUAAACAAUGAGUAUUGAAAUUGGAAUGAUAUAUGUACCAUUUUAUUAGACAUUGGAAAAAGUCGAUAUAUUAUGCAGAAUGCUGCAGCAUAGAGUUACUUUUUCUUCCCUCGUUAAUGUACAUAUGUAGAUGCAAGAGAGACAUUAUUUAAUUCCGAGUCCCAUUGCUGGGUUCGUUUC